AUGAGUGGACCGACAAAUGCAGUUCAGUACCAGUCAGGUCUUUAUGGAGGAAACAACAACAACAGCAGCACUCCUCUCUCCAGCCGUGGAAACCCGGCUAUCGCGUGUGAGCGCUGUGGGGAGGUUUGUCGCGGGGAGGUGGUGCGCGUCAAAAACACACACUUCCAUGUUCACUGCUUCACCUGCCAAGUGUGUGGCUGUGAUCUGGUGCACUCGGGUUUCUUCCACCACUCUGGCGAGUACAUCUGUACAGAGGACUACCAGCGGCUCUACGGGACCCAGUGUGACAGCUGUGAUCAGUACAUCACUGGAGAGGUGGUAUCUGCCCUGGGGAGGACGUACCACCCGCACUGCUUCGUCUGCAGCAUCUGCAGGAGUCCAUUCCCAAUUGGAGACAGGGUGACCUUCUGUGGGAAGAAGUGUGUGUGUCAGCAAUGCUCACACACUCUGAAGAGCGACAAGCCCGUCAAGGUCCACGGACCAAGCUAUUGUGCAGGCUGUGGCGAGGAGAUCAAACAGGGUCAGUCUCUGCUCGCUCUGGAGAGACAGUGGCAUGUCAGUUGUUUUAAAUGCCGAACGUGUGGCUGUGCGCUUACUGGAGAGUACAUCAGCAAGGAUGGAAUACCUUACUGUGAGACUGACUACCACACUCAGUUUGGGAUCCGGUGUGACAGCUGUAACAGGUACAUCAGCGGCAGAGUACUUGAGGCUGGAGGGAAGCGCUACCACCCUAGCUGUGCCAGGUGUGCCCGCUGUCACAUGAUGUUCCUGGAAGGAGAGGAAAUGUACCUUACAGGUUCAGAGGUUUGGCACCCCAUGUGUAAAGAAGCAGCUCGGCUGGAGAGAAAACUGAGGCUGAGACGUACCUCUGAGACGGCAUCCAUUUCUCCUCCAGGCUCCUCUCCUCUCCUCGGCUCCCCUCACCGGCUCAUCUGUUCUAAAGCUGACGCUGAUGUUUUGGCCUAUAAGCAGCUGGCUGCUCUGCCCAGGGUCAAAGCCAUUUAUGAAAUCCAGCGGCCCGACAUCAUCCCUUAUCAGGCUGACCAUGCGCACACACACCUCUCAGAUGACACUCUGGAGAGAUACAGCUGUGGACAGUCAUUGGGCUCUUUAUCGCCAUACUCUCAUGAUCUCCUGGAUGGCGUUGAGCUGAGAACGAGGCGUUCCUCCAGCUCUGCCUUCACUGACUCCCCUGCACACAGUCGCCACGGCGGCUCCCCACAGCAUUGUUAUCUCCCCGGCAGUGAGAGUGGCAGGAGUUCACCCUAUUACAGUCAGCCAGAGCCCAGGUGUGCCACACCCACCACCACCUACCAAGCCCCCAAGCAUUUCCAUGUGCCAGCUUCUGAGGAAAGUAACAUCUACAGGAAACCCCCCAUCUAUAAGAGACAAGAUAUAUCUGCCUCUCUGACAGCCAAUAAAAGUAAGACCAAUGAGAACCUUGUUCAUUCCAGUCACCUUUCCACUUCCAACUGUAACAGCCUUUAUCACCCGGAAUCCAACUACUUCCCAUAUACUGGCUCUCCAAAAGUCUCCAGGGUGAGGAGGUUUUCGUCUGGAGGAGAGGAGGAUGGAUGGAAUCAAAAUAUAAACAGGGGAAUUGGCAGAAUGAUCCUGAAGGAGGAGAUGAAGGCUCGGUCAGGUUGCCACGACAAUGACCAGUGGGGGAGCAGACGCAGUUCCCGCUGUAGCAGCAAGGAGGCGCUAAACAUCUCCCUCAAUGGCUCUCCCAGGUCUGUCUACAGUGCAGACAGCGACUCAUACAUUGCCAAAUCGGCCUCGUUGCCAGGCUACGGCAGAAAUGGACUAAACAGGCCUGGGAGUUCGGGUGCAGAUUAUUAUCAGUAUGACAGCAGUAAUGCAGUUAAUUGGCAGAUCAGAGAAUACAAGAUCUACCCAUAUGAAGCCCUAAUUGUGUCAGUCAGAGGGCAGCAGCGUCUCCCGAGUGAUGUGGACCGAGCAAGACUGGAGCGACACCUCUCACCAGAGGAGUUCUACAGAGUCUUUGGCAUGUCAAUGUCUGCCUUUGAUCAUCUUGCUCAGUGGAAGAAGAACGAACUGAAGAAACAGGUCAGACUCUUCUGAGAAAAUGAACCAGAGAAGACUACCCUAAUGCAGGUCCACUGCCUUCAGUGUGCCUCUAGAAAGGCCUCCUGACCCCAGAUUGACUCUGUGUCACAGUGGAAGAGGAACUGGCUGAAAUGAAUGGCAGUUGGUCUCCAGAUUUUGAGUGCUUUUAAAAGGUGCGUAAUUGACUUCUUAAGAUAUGAAGUCAGCCAACUGGCCAAAAGGUAAAGAAAACUGAAAGGAGAGCAGGAAGACUUUGAGAGGCUACAACAGACAGAAAGUAAUGAGCAGAGGGAGGUGUUGGCUGCUUCUUCCUUUAAUUCCAGCAGAUGGCAGUGUGUUAACAGGGGCACCGGAGUGACAGUCCAAUACAUGUGCAGGCGGACCAGAAGCUGAAGUACUUGUUAACAUACUAAGGGUCUGCCAUUCUGAGUCAAAUGUGCAUUCAUGCCGAAAGUGAGGGAGACAGCUUGGGAAGCAAAUAGGCUGCCUGGAAGACAGACUGGGAUGUUGUUGAAAGCAAGAAGGACCCUGUUUAGUCACACAGACACUAUCCUCUGCAACUUCUAAGCUGACAAGACUGGUGGACAAGAAUAGUGUGAUUAUCAACGUUAGGGUUACUCAACAUGAUAUACACAGUGUUUUUUUUAACAUGCUAAUGCUGAAAACCAAAGGCAUGUGUUUGAUUUUGAUGUCAGUUAUUUUUCUGAAGCCAUAUCAGUGUUUAGAGUUCUUCUCUAUGACAUGAGCAGACUGUACAGUUCACUGAAUGGUUUUUGAAAUAUGAUGUGGUUUAAUGUGAACAAACUUUGUAAUGGCUCUGAGCUCAGAUAUGUUGGUGAAGUUUAGAAAUCAGGUUUUAGUACUACACACAAGAAGAAGAUAUACAGUAUCUCACAAAAGUGAGUACACCCCUCACAUUUAUGUAAAUAUUUGAUUACA